AUGUCAAACAUCCUGCCAUUUCUGAAAACCCGAACCUCCUCGAACGCCCGGCAUUUUGCGUUGGCUAGUCAGGUCCUGGCAACACUAAGCUCCUACCAGUUCACCCGUCGGGCAUGGCGCAAGGAAGUCUUCGACAUGCUUAUGGAUACCAAUUUCUUCCAAAUGUCCCCGACGGCUCUCUACAGUUGGUGCAUUCUGGUAGAUAACCUUAUGACUCAGGAUAAGAACGCGUUCAAGGAAGCCCUUACCCGCCUGACUGUCUCGCAGAGCAGCGGUCUGAACAUAUUUUCCAGCAAGGAGGCCGAGUACGAACAGCGUUCACAGUACCUGAAAAAGCUGAACUUCAUUGUCUACACC